AUUAAAUGAUUCAUUCCUUAAAACCAAAGAAGAGAUGCUAAUAGAUUUGUUAUGAACAUCAGUUCAUACUAACUCCAAAAUCUAAUGAAUGUUGGAUAAAGUCAUAAAUCACCUUAGAUUAUUGUCCUGUUUAUAAUGAGUACUUAUAUCACAUUACAAAAGAUUUACUGGAUAGUUUGAAAACAUAGUUCCUAUUCUGAAUUGUGAUAGAUAGCCUGGACUUCCUACAUUCAUCCUAGAAUAUGAUAGAACUCAAUAUUAAUUCAAUCUAGAGCGAUAUUAGUAAGAACAUCAAUUGAAAAUUGAAGAAUAGAGAGUCAAGAAGACUAAAAUGGUAUUUAAUUUAUUUUCAUAUUUAAGUUAGUUCCAAAGCCAGGCAAAAAACAUAGGUAUUGUGGAGUCUGUAAAAAAAAUUACGAAGAAUAUUUAGAUGUAUGUUGACUUUUUAUUGUAGUUUAGCAUAUCCAAUCCUAGGAGCAUAUAAAUACUUUUAAUACCUAUAGAAGUGUAAAUUUGAUUAGAACUUUAAUUCAAGGAUUUUAGAAUGUUAUUAAUCAUGAAUUCUCAGAUUAAAAAUAAUCCAGCAUUUUGUUCUGCGAUUCAAAUACCAAAAUUCCAAUGAAUAAAGAAAACUUUGUAGCCUACUUUGAUUAAGAAAGAAUUGGAGUGCGAUUUUAAAAAUAAUAGAUCAAAGACAUUCCAAUGCUUGAAUAUAAAAUUCCAAGUUCAAAAAGAGGAAGGCCUCCAAAAUCUAAAUAGAAAAAGGAAAUAAUAAAAAAAGCAAAAGUUUAAGAAGAUAUCCCAAUUAUUCCACAUUAUCAACCUAAUACUUAUUUAGACUUUUAUUAUUUAUAAUAAUAGUAUAUGUAAGCUUAAUAACAAAUGUAAAAUUAACAAUAAUAAUAAUACUUAUGCUACCCUUAACCUCAACAAUAAUACUUUAGAGACUGUAUAUAUUAUUUUUAUUUUUCUAGAGAUGUAAUAUUUUAAUUAAAAUGCCUAAUUAGAUUUAUAGUUUUAUCAAAGCUUAAUGUAAUAGUAAUAGCAUUUUUUAUAAUUGAAAGAAAUAGAAGAGCGUAGAGAAUAUUCAGAUAGAUCCUCAUUAUGGUAAAAGUUGAUAUAAUUAACAAAUUACUAACAGCCAACUUAAAAUGAAAUAGUUUAACUUUUGCAUAGCAUAAUAGAGUAAUACGAAUGUAAUCCUCGCAACAAUCAAAACCUAAAUCAUAAUAAUAAUGAUUAGCAAUUUUAAUGA